CGCUCUCGGAACGGCUAUGGGAUGAAGUUGGGAUUUAAAUUGGACAUGGCAUAUGAGAUAAACAUAAAUGCAUACUGCGUAUAAUUCAUCUGUACAUGACUCAUUGUUUGCUUAUUGAUUUCCCAUGAUACUUCAUUGCAUUUGAUCAGUUCAGAAUUUCUACAUAAAAAGUGUUUCAUGUGUGCAGUUUUCAAGUUUAUGUUUACUUUUCAUUGCCUUGAAAAAUGAAUCAGAGCCCUGGAAAUAAAUUAUCUUCACGUGAGCGAACUGAACUGGAAAAGUAUGUGAAAUUUUUGGUUUUUAAAAUGUCUCAAGUUAUCGUGCAGUCGCGCUUUGGAGAAAAACGAAAAGUGCGAACAAGCACUAAAUCUUCUGUUCAUGAUUGGUUUAACUUGGCCAUAGAAGACAAUAUUGAAAUUCAAGCUAAAGCUAAAGAAGCAUAUAGCAACAUUCUUCCUUUGAAAGACUUUUGUAUAUGUACUGAAAUUUUGCUUAAAACUGCUGAUGGAGAUACAUUGGUACUUGAAACAUGGAGCCUGCGAAUGAAUACUUCAGACUUCUUCUGUGACUCUCCUUAUGUAUCAUACACUAGUUUAGCAUCUGUGUAUUGUAGGAUGACCUUACUUUUGAAGUCUGUCAUAGCUGUAACUCGAGUUACUCCUGCAUAUAGGCUGUCUUCUCGACAAAGUGCAGAUACAUAUGUAAUAUUAUUUCGGAUAUAUUCAGGUGAACCCCAAGUACAUCAAUUAGGUGAACAUUAUCAAGGAAGUAAAAUUGGUGAGGUUCUGACUCCAGUAGGUACAUUAAGAAUGUCUGUUUCCUACCGUUCUAAAGAUGAUAUGACAAUAACACCACAAAAAGUUGAGAAAGGAAGCCCUUUCAUGGUUAAAAGUGACUAUUUUAAACCUGACAUGAGCCCUAAAAAAUAUAGGAUUGGAAAAAACCAUUUAGAAGGACCGUACGUAUUUGACAAAGGCCUCACAUUUAACAAUUCGAAUAGCCAAAUAAGCAGCUGCCAUUGUGGGAAGCAUCUUUUCCCUAGGAAAUCGACACCUGACAGUGAACGAGGACUUCAGAACAUUGGUUUAGUCAAUGGGGAUAGUAAAAAAUGCUGUUUGAAUUGCCAAAGUAGCCCAAAUGAAUUCCGGAAAGUAGGAGCAUUUGCUCCAUCAAAUAACUUACCAGAUACUGGAUUAUUUCCUGAGCUGGCAAUACUCGAAAAGCCUUUUCUGAAUUUGUCAAGGAGCAAGUUGCAUCAUUCAGAGAACAAGCAAAAAAAUGAUGACUCAAAUAGAAACUCUGACAAAAAUGCUAAUUUAAAUCUGGUUGAUAACAAAAAUGGCAGCGAAGUGGAUUACAAUUGCAACGCUAAUGAGAAAGGUGGCCAAAAAUUGACUUGCAGUGAUUUCUCAGACUGCGAAGAUUUUGUCAUGGUAGAGCUGAAACCUCCAUUUGCUGACUGUGAUGGUGAUAAUGAUCUAGGAGCUUUUUUUAGAGAAUGCCAAAGUGCUCCACCCUUAGCUUCUUUUGCUCUUCAGCCAACUUUAGAAGAACAAGUAACAGACAUUACUAGUCAGUUAGUGAAAUUUGAAACUAGUAUGAAUGACUUUGAUAAUUUUGUUGAUUCUAUAUGUCACAUUGAUACUGAAAAAUAACACUGGUGCUGAUGUUAAUUAAAAUGAAAUCUGAAUAAGUAAUAUGCAGAAUAUAAAUGAAAUCAUUUGAAUAUUUUAUUUGAGACAAUUUCAAAGACUAAUUAUCAGCAUACUUCCUGUUACAUGUUAUAUAAUUUUUGUUAAUCUAUCAAUCUUCUUCACAUCCUGUAUAUCUGCAAAAAUAUUAAACUCAAUAUAAACUA